UCAGGCGCCUGACUUCUGGCGCUGCGAGUUUGGACACGGUUUCAUUUUCCUCUUCUCUUCCCCCGCCCACUUUACAGCUCCGAUUAUCAGCAGCAAGCAGCUCGCAAGUGCAAGUUGCUCUCAACCGAAGAUAACUUUUUUUUGCUUUGAAACGUAGAAGGAGGAAGAGAAAUAAAACCAAAGUAGUUUGUAUUUGUGCUGCUCCAUGGCGUGGCCGUGCUGAGCCCCGGGCGCUCGGCGACUGUACAGCGGCGGCGGUGUCAGUGUGGUCUCCUCUCCCCACUGUGUCGGGCGUGUGUGUGUUGUUGCUGCUACUGCUGCUGCCCUUAGAGGGGUGUUUGCUCCAUCAUGGCGCGCUGCUGCCUGUCCGACGAGGACAAGGAGUCCCAGCGGAUCAACGCCGAGAUCGAGAGGCAGCUGCGGAGGGACAAGAAGGACGCCCGCAGGGAACUCAAGCUGCUGCUGCUGGGCACCGGUGAAAGUGGCAAGAGCACGUUCAUUAAGCAGAUGAGAAUCAUUCAUGGAGAUGGUUACUCAGAUGAAGACAGGAGAAACUUCACAAAACUUGUAUUUCAGAACAUAUUUACUGCAAUACAAGCCAUGAUCAAAGCCAUGGACAAUCUGCGUGUGCAGUACAAGAUUGAGAAAAACAUGGAAAAUGCAAAUAUGAUCAGAGAAGUAGAGGUGGAUAAAGUUAGCACUUUUGAAAAAGAAUAUGUUGAAGCAAUAAAGAAGUUAUGGAAUGAUCCUGGGAUCCAGGAAUGCUAUGACAGACGUCGGGAAUAUCAGUUAUCUGAUUCUGCCAAAUACUAUCUUAGUGAUGUAGAUCGCAUUAGUUCGGCAUUUUAUAUACCAACACAACAAGAUAUAUUGCGGGUCAGAGUACCAACGACUGGAAUCAUUGAAUAUCCGUUUGAUUUGGAGAACAUAAUCUUCAGGAUGGUGGAUGUCGGAGGUCAGAGAUCAGAACGAAGGAAGUGGAUUCACUGUUUUGAGAAUGUCACCUCAAUCAUUUUCUUAGUUGCACUUAGUGAAUAUGACCAGGUCCUGGCCGAGUGUGAUAAUGAGAAUCGAAUGGAGGAGAGUAAAGCAUUAUUUAAGACGAUCAUCACCUAUCCUUGGUUUCAUAGCUCUUCAGUCAUUCUCUUCCUAAACAAGAAGGAUCUCCUGGAAGAAAAGAUCAUGUUUUCUCAUCUAGUUGAUUAUUUUCCAGAAUAUAAUGGUCCUCAACAAGAUGUCAAAGCUGCACGAGAUUUCAUUUUGAAGACUUAUCAGAAUCAGAAUCCAGACAAAGAAAAGGUCAUCUACUCUCACUUCACAUGUGCCACAGAUACAGAAAAUAUACGGUUUGUCUUUGCUGCUGUCAAGGACACUAUUCUACAAUUAAACCUGAAGGAAUUUAACCUAGUAUAGAAGACAUGCAACCCAUUUUUCACCAUUUAAUACUUUUGUAAUGGUCUAUUUUUACUUGCAAGUUUAAAGUUGUAUCUGUAAAGUUACUAAUUUACCAGAGAACGUGGUGAUGUUGAUCUCAAUUCUAUUCAGAAUUUUUCCUUCACAUAGUUUAAGAGUUCUCCUAUUUGCAAAAAAAACAAACAAAUUGUGCUGGCUGUAUUUGACACAUUUCUGAUAACGUAGUCAAAUGAAGAUGUUAUAUCUUUAAUAUCAUUUGUAGUUUAAAACUGUCCCGAGGAUCCUUUUGAAAGAGCCAAAUGUUUUUUCCAAAGGUGAUUAUUCACGAUUCUUCUAAAUGGCGAGAAUGCACCCAUCUUUAGUGUUAUAUGUGGCAAUCAAAAAUACAUUGUGUGAUUCCUGGAGUCCUGAGGUUUACUAAAUGCAGCUAAUUACCUAAAAUAAAACAUGCCAGCUUUUGUUAUAGUUUGCAUCAUUUAGGUUACAUUUAGAACAUGCAGCAUUUUUAAUCACCUAUUUGCAGAGAACUCUGAAUGAUUGCUGUAUAAACCAUCUUUACUUUCUUCAAUUUAAUUUAAAAUGUUAUCCAAUCAAUCCAUGUUGUAGUGAUUAAACCAUAGAUGCCUUCAACAUUUAAAAUAUGGAUAUAAAUUAUUGCCCUCAUUAAUGGCAGUAUACUGAACACAUAAAAUGCAAAAUUUAACACCUUAGACAAAAUUGAAUGUGAUUUCGAUGGAAUUCAUUAGCAAAGAAUGGCUAGAAUGAUUGGACUGGAAUAGUGUAUAAUGCUUUUCCUCAAACCAUUGAAAGGUUCACAUAAUGAAGUGAAAUAUAGUAAGUUACUUUGCAGAUUGUCUUUUGGGUGUGUACCUUAAUCUUGCCAGCGAUGCAAUAUUUAGAAGAAACUGCUUAACAGGACUUUCUUCUGUCAGCAGCUGAAAGACGUUACAUAUUGGUACAUCAAAGCUUGCAGCCACUGUAAAUAUGUAUCCUAUAUAUAUAUAGUAUCUUUUCUAGCUCUGAAAAAUGUUUAUCAUGGUUAAAUAGGAUUAUUUGUCAAAAUGAUAAACUACCAGCAAUUUUUAAGGAAUGUACAGACUUUUUCCACGGUGUUGUGCUAGAUAGAAAAAAAUCAUACAAUUGUUUGGUUCGACGCUAUAAUGAUUUAUAAUGCAUGAUUUUGCCAUGUAAUUUCAUUUUGACAUAAUUUCAGUCACUGCAGUUUUAUAUAUGAAGAGAUAUUUUAGAGAUCAUAAUUUUUCCAGUUCAACACUGUCUUGCAUCAAUUUUUAUUGGAUUUUUACCAUUUAUGCAAUAUGUGAUGGUUUUUGAAUAUUGCUAAAAUGUCAUUGAAUUUGAAUAUAUGUAUAAAAAAUCUGUGCUUCGCCAUGUCUUUCCAUGAACCGUAGCAGGCAUAAUACACAUAAGUGAAGUCAGUCUAAGUGCUAGAUCUUUCAUUUAUGCUUUUUAUAACACCAUAAAUAUCAUUUAAUUAAUUGCAUAUCAAGUUGCAUUCCCUUGUGGACCCAAUGUAGUCUAGUUUCUUGUUCAAAGUUAUCAAGUUUGUGCUUCUUAUUUGGAUCUAAUUUAGUUAUUCAUGCUAUAAGAAAUCCAAAUUAAAUCAAAUCUAAGAUAUAGCCAUGAGUAUUAACUGGGAUAGGUUUGAUGGUUUUGGUGGGGUUGUCCCUGCAUGAUGUGUAGUUUUAAUUCCACAUUAGCCAUCUUUAGAUCUAAUGGGUCCCGUGUCUAGAAUUUGGUGUGAUUGACAAGCAUAUUGUUUAUUUAGAUUGGGAGUACUCGGGAAAAGGUUACAAAACCUAAUAAAGGUCCGUUUGCUAAUCUUACAUUGAGAGACAAUGUUAGGGGAAUGAAGGUGGAGAGAAUAUAAGCUGCUUCUGACCCACAUAAAAAGUGCAGUGAAUGUAUUGUUUCCUGUAACAAUGGUCCACCUUGCUUUAGCAAUUGGGAUUCUAGAGGUAUGAGCAACCUAGCUGACCACAUUCAAAUAUGUGAAGCAGAUUAAAUAAGGGGCUGUGGCCUUAUUGAAAUAUUGAAUUUGCCAGUAUCUCUCCUGAGCCAAGAUUGGCUUUCUGUUCCUUCCAUUUCUGUCCAGCUUAAGAAUGAAGGUUGAAGGGAGAUGGAAUUUUGUCUGAAAUAUUUUUUAAUGUUAUCUUCUCUCUCCUGGACUCUCAUACCGCCAGAUGUUGCAUGGUAAAGUUUCUGUCCAGGAAAUAGUUUUGUCAGCUGUGCAAACAAAAGCUUCUUGUUCAUGUGCAAUGUGCUACUGUCAGUUAGAAAGGAAAUGAAACUGAGCAAAGGCCAGUUCUAAUAUCCCCGAUGGCAACAUUUAUCAGUUUAAGUUACUUUCCAACAAUAAGAAAAAUGUGACUAGAAUUUAGGUUUUGGGAAGCAAAGGAAGGAGAUGUUAUAUUUAUGUGAAUAACAAAUCAGUUCACUUUUUCCUAAGCGUGGCAACAUUGCAUUGCCUUUUUUGGAAAUGUAUUUCAUUACAUAUGGAAGGUAAUGGUUGAUUUUGUAAGAUUAUUUAUGAUUCUACUAGGAUCCUUAUGUUUAGAAUAAACAUUGUUUCACUGACACCUGAAUUCCCCAAGUCCUUUUACUUGCACCCACUUUAAAAUGUACAUGAACUACUGCAUCAAAGAUAUAUAGUAUAGAACUGUACAGCGCAGGUAUCGGCCCUUUGGUCCACAAUGUCUUCGCUAAACAUGAUGCUAAAUUAAAUCCUUGUGCCUGUACAUGAUCCAUAUCCUGUAUAUUCAAGUGCCUAUCUAAAAGCUUCUUACAUGCCACUAUCAUAUCUCCUUCCAUCAGUACUCAUGGCAGUGUUUUAACGUGAGAGGGGGAAAGUUAUUUGGCAUUUCCUCCCUGGAGAAAAAUGUUGACCAUAUCCUAUCUAUGCCUCUCAUCAUUUCUCAAUAUCAGAUCACCCCAUAACACUUGCAUUCAAGAGAAUCAAUCCAAGUUUGUCCAACCUCUCCUUGUAGCCAAUACCUUCUAAUCCAAGCAGCGUCCUGGUAAACCUCUUCUGCAUCCUCUCCAAAGCAUCCAUAUCCUACCUGUAGUGGGGUGACAAAAACUGAACUCAAUAUGUGGCCAAACUACCAAGUCAACAUAGAUCCCAUGCAUGUUAAUCUUCUGGAUCAGCUACCAUGAGGGACCUUGUCAAAUGCCUCAUCUAAAUCCAUGUGGCCAACAUUCACUGUCCUACGUAAAGAAAAAUCUUCAAAAACUCGAUCAACUUAGCAAGACAUGACCUGCCCAAGACAGAGCCAUGCUGACUGUCCUUAAAUAGCCCAUUCUCUUCCAGAUGUGAGGAAAUAGUAUCUCUAAGAAUCCCCUCCAAAAACCUCCCUACCACUUCUGUGAGAUUCAGACUAUAAUUUCAAGGAUUAUCCCUACAUUUUUUUAAACCAUAGGAACAACACGAGCUACUCUAGUCCUCCGGGACCUCACCUGUAGCGAGAGACAAGAGUAAGAUCUUCUUUCCGGCCCCAGCAAUUUCCUCUUGCCUUUUUGAAUAAACUAGGAUAGAUCCCAUCAGGCUCUGGGGAUUUAUCCACAUUAUUACUUUUCAAGAGACCCAAGAGCACUUCCUUCUUGACAUCCAAAUGUAUAUAUUAUAUCUCACAAUGAUUUCACUGUCCUCCAUGUCCUUUACCUUGAUGAAUACCAAUGUAAGUAUCUGUUUACUCGCUCACCGGCAUCCUCUGACAAGCAUUCCCUCAUUUAUCCUUGAGUGGUCCUGCCUUCUCCCGAGUGAUCCUCUUGUAAUCUAUGUAUAAAAUGUUGGGAUAUUCUUUCAUCUGCCUUGCCAAGGACAUUUCAUAGCUUCUUUUGGCUCUACUGGUUACUUGUUUCAGAUCUUUCCUGCGUUCUUCAUAUUCCCUAAACUGAUUGCAUCUUCCUAAACAAUACACUUAAAAAAAAGUAAAACAGUUUACAAGCUCUUUGGUCAUGCAAGGUUCCCUUACCUGCCAUCCUUGUCCCUCCACCUUACUGGAACUUGCCAGUCCUGAACUCUGAGCCGUAGGCCUUUAAAUGAUUCCCACCAUGCCAGAAGUUGGUUUACUCAAUAUACUUCUGGCCUGGAAGAGAGCCCAAUAAUCCAUAUUAUCUGAAGCCCUCCCUCCUGCACCAGCUCUUUAGCCAUGUAUUGGUCGUACUAUUUCAUGUCUCACCGCACAUGGCAUUGGUAGUAAUAGUGAUAUUAUGUCCCUGGAGGUCCUUUUUAUUAACGUGCCACUCUUCUCCCUAAAUUCUAUUUGUUGGGCCAUAUCUCUCUUCCUGCCUAUUAUGGACCUUGAUCUCUGGCUUUUGCCCCUCUUCUCCCAAACUGUCGUGUGCCCACUCAGAGAUAUACUUUACCCACCACUAGGAAGCCGAUACACUAUUAUGAAGUCUCGGAUGCAAUCACAGAAAAGUCUGUUUGUACUCUUGACUUUCAGGUCUGUAACUUGUAUUAAAUUAUUGUGUAAGUAUAUUUCAGCAUAUAACUCUAUACAAUGUUAAUAUUUUAUAUUGUGCAUGCUGUGCUGUUCGGGACCAUUUUACAUUCUGAGAAAUUCAUGGGUCUGUAGCUGCAAUCUCUGAUUUUGCCGGUAAAUCUAUUUUUUCAGUUGGAAAUCAGAUUCAAUUUUAUUUGGCAGCUGUAGAUUAGAACCCCUCUGUACAUAUUAUUUUAAAAGUUGAGCAAGGGCGCAGAAAAAGCAUUCUUCCACUAAGUAAUCAGAUACAAAAUACCAUAUUUGCAGGUGCUAAAACAGACAUCAGAAGGUACUGAAAUGAACUUUUGUAUCUGAAUUAUAGCUAUGUGACACUCAAAUAUAUGUUCAUGUAUAUUUUACUCUUUGUACAAAAUCAAAAGGCCUACAAUUUUUUAAUGUUACCAUCUGACUGACCAAACAUCGUUGGGAAUCUUAUUAUUGACUUAUUAUUGUGAAGUUUCAUUGGUCAAUAAUUAAUUUAAAUGUACUUUGAAACAACUUUCAUAUUUGAUAAUGCUGCUGUUUUAAUCUGAAAUUAAACACAAACUUGGUUCUUA